AUGCCGGCGGCCGAGCUGCUGGCUGCUGCCUGCAGGCAAGAGGGUACUCAGGUGGCGCAGCUAGGGGGCCUUUGCGUGCUCGGCACGGAACGCCACGAGGCCAGGCGCAUUGAUAACCAGCUGCGAGGUCGCGCUGGUCGACAAGGCGACCCUGGCAGCUCUCGUUUCUACCUGAGCCUGGGGGAUAAGGUCUUCCGGGUCUUCGGCGGCGACGCCGUGCGUGCGCUGACUGCAGAGAUGGGCGGUGCGGACGAUGUCCCCAUCGUCUCGCCACUGAUCUCGGGUGCUUUGGACGAAGCCCAGAACCAGGUGCAGAGCUUUUUCUUCGGCAUCCGCAAGGACGUGUUCAAGUACGACGAGGUGUUGGACCAGCAACGGCAGGUGAUCUACGGAAUACGGCGGAAGGCGCUGCUGGACAGCGACGAGGGCGUGCUGGGCUCCUUGCAGAACUUCUGCGAGGAAAGCAUGGCGGAGCUUGUCGAGCAGCUCGUAAGACCAGAAGAGCCCUGGCAGAGCUGGCCCUUCCAGCGUCUCAGCGCGAAGCUGUCGGCCUGGUUCACGGGAUCCUGGCCGGGCGCCACAGUCGCCAGACCUCGGCCUUGA